UCCUGUUGCUUUUCGUUCCCCCGGCCGGAUUAGUUCCCCUGCCCCGCCAACCCUUUCCAUCAACCUUCGCUUCGAAUCGCCGGGAUGUCGGCCGCGGCUGCGAAAAGGGAAUCCGAUCUCUCCGGGCAGAUCGAGGACUUUGUGGCGCUGCUCAAGCGGGGCGGGAAGAGGCCUCGCUCGGAGGAUGUUGCCCGGCAGACGGUGGGCCUGCUGCGGAGGAUCGUGGCGAACGGGCGCUGGGACAAUGCGGGUGAGAGAGGAGCAGGAGCGGCGGAGGCGGCGAAGGAGCCCUCGCCGCAUGCACGGGCUCCUGUCGCCGGGCUUAAACCCUUUCUUCCCAGUCGUGCCCUCCACCCGUUUCUUCCCUAAACCGAGAAACAAAACCGCGAUUUUACUUCGGUUGGCUCCUUUCUCCACAAGUAGCUGCAACGAUGGCAGGACUUGCCUAGCUCACCAUGCAUAAUUUGCCUUUCCACCUCGAGCGGCCGCAGGUGCAAUGGAAGUUUAUGACUCCUGCACCUUUUAAGCAGAGAUAGGAGACCUAUGGCCCUGUAGGUGUUGUUGCCCCUCCAGAUCCCAUCAAUCCUGACAAUUGAUCGUGAUGGUUGGAGCUGAUGGGAGCGGGAACACCUGGAGGGCCACUUAUAUUUUAAAGGGUUGUAUUGGAGAGCUGAUUAUGGAAGGUGCUUCUUUUUCCCCCACCCCUAUGUAGCUGCCAACGUUUUCUUAUACACAAUUCUUAGGGGGUCCCUAGAUUGGUGUGCAACCCGUCUUCCAUGUGAUAAUGGUGCAUUAGUGGUGGUUUUCUAUUGGACCUCCCAUACAUUAUUACAUUUUAUUAGUGGUUCUGCAAUGCAUCCUCAGUGUUAUCACAGUAUUGCUGUCUAGAGGGUCACUCUUGUGCUGGCAAAAAUAAGGCAAAACAAUAACUCCAGAGCGUCUGUGAUAUGAGAAGUUACAACAUUUCAGUUAAAAGCUAUGGGAGAUGCCCUGAAUUGAAAUGAAGCAGUAUGUUUGCCCCAAAACAUUUGCAGAAGUAAACAGUAUUGAGAGUGGGAUUGCAUAUAACCACUCCAAUACAGUCAUGAACACAAAUAAUAUUGAAUGCCCAAUAAAAAGGAUGUCUGGGGCCCUUAAAAGGUACAUAAGUCAAACGCCUGCAAGUGGUUAUCCUGUCCUUGCCUCUGCUGAUCUGUGUAAUGUAAGCACUUUUUACUGGAUGUAUCAUCCUGAUCUGGGUAGGCUUAUUUUAAUCACCAAAAAAAGGGGGGUGGAAAGUAAUGCAAUGUGUUACACAGCCCCCCCCCCCAGGUUCCUGCCAACCGGAUGCAGGCAGAGUGAGUAGUUUGAAGUAUCAUUUGAGUGUCUGCUGUGAGGAGUAGACACCCUGUACUAUGUAAUUAACUUUGAAAGUUCCUUACAUUUCAGGAGAGCUGAUAAGCAUAAUUCGUCAGGAGGGUAAGAAAAUGACUGCUGCCCAGCCAUCUGAGACCACUGUAGGCAAUAUGGUGAGACGAGUGCUGAAGAUAAUUCGAGAGGAGUAUGGCAGGUAAUGGUUGCUUUUGUUUGAUCAGAACCUAGCCAAUUUCUCUAAUGUAGAAACCACCUGACCCUACCACACCUAAAACUUCUGUUUAAAAUUUAUAUAUAACCAUUGGAAAUCGUUUGUAGAAAGGCUUUCAGAACAGUUGAUUUUGGAGUGUUGAACCUUUAUUCAGCUAUUUUUAGGACCCAAAUUAUUUAUGUGAUUACAAGCUGUUUUAUUUAUUAAAUUUCUAUACUACCCUUCAUCCGAGGAACACAGGGUGGUUUACAAGCAAAAAAUAGAAAAAUACAUAACACAGUAACAAAACAAUACCCGCCUGCCCCAUUUAAAAGGCCAAAGUUUGUUUAAUUAGUAAACGUCUAAGAGAGGAGGAAUGUUUUUGCCUGGCUCCUAAAGAUAUGUAACAAAGGCACCAGGUGAGCCUCCCUGAGGAAAGCACUCCAUGUCUAUGACAGGGGACUGAUAUCAAAAUUCCCCACUAUCAGACCACCCUCUUCCUGCCCAGUUGAAGGUCCAGAGUGUGACCUGCCACAUGGGCUGCUGAUACGUUGUGACAGCCCCAUGGUCAUCAUGGUAGCCAUGAAGCCCUGAGCCGCCCCAGAGCACUUUACCAUGGCUGUUGAAAGCCCCUAAAACCAGCUGUCCAGGAGCCCUCAACACCAUUCUGAGACCCGCUCUUUCAGCUCGGGUUGGGAGACUGUGGGCAGUGAGGCAGGCAGUAAACCAGCAGAAUCCCUAAUCCGUCCCAAUUGCUUAAUGCCAGGAACAAAUACUUAGAUCCCCCACAGCAGCCCUGCUUUUAUUUCACCAGUCCAGCUAGAUGAUGUAAUUCAGCUGGGGGUAGAGUGACAGGUGUUGGUGAGAGUGGCUGAGUCCAGGCCUCAGGGCUUUGGUCCUGCAAAGAGGCAUCCAAGCUUAGGAGUCUUCAGCUGUUCCUGGGGUCCUCCCUCGCUUACACAGGAGUGGUGUUUUAAUCUGUUUUUAAUAUUGUGUUUUAAUUGUAACCCGCCCUCAGCCCUUAGGAUGAAGGGUGGGUAAGAAAUUAUAGUUAAUAAUGUGUUGCUACUGUAUGUACCAUUCCCUGGCAAAGUAAUUACCUUGAAUUAAAGCACAAUUGCACAUGCUAUUCUUUUUCUUUUCUGGCCAAACACACUCGAGCUGUGUAAGCAAUAUUGACCCGGGAUAUUUGGCUUUUAGAAGGACUAACAUAAAUAUAACCAGAUGUUCUUAAUUCCUUCUUUGAUGGGAAGCCACAAUGCCUGGUCCAGCAUGUAACUUAGUCUUCCAGCAGGAUUGUUUUUCCGUUUUGAAAAAGUCCCUUUUGUUUUGUAGGCUUCGAGGAUACAGUGAGGAGAGUGACCAGCAGGAAUCACUACACAAACUUCUGACCUCGGAAAGUAGUGACGACACUGAGAGUUUCAAUAUCUACUAUCCUCCACUCAGGGCCAAUAUCAUUGAAAUUAUUAGUGAACUGUUGAUUGAACUAGGUAAGAGAGAGGGUAUAAUAACAGAAAUAACUGUGGGAACUACAUGAUUGCUAGUAAAAUGAGAAAGUUCCAAUAAUGAGUAUUGCUGAAGUGUUCCACCCUUAACUGCUGCAUAAUGCUGCCUUCCUAUUAGGAAGAUCAGAAAUGGGAAGAAACAGGUAGAGCUUUUUCCAUCAUUUUCAGCUGGAGUAGUGUAAGAAGAUUUUAGUACUCAUGAUAUAGUAAGUGGUACAAAUAUAGCCCACCUAGGUUCAAGAUACGCAUGUAACCACAGGAAGCUACUUCUUGCAUGGAAUGAAAGCUAAACAGUUUGUGUCUGUAAUCUGUAGGGACUGUUAAAAGUUUAUAUAAUGCACAUAAUGCCCUUUCAUCCUAUUGUAAUUGCAAACCAUAGAUACUGUCUCAGCAAACAGUAUGUGUCCUUUUUUUCUUUUUAAUGCCAUAAGCCUUUGACAAUAUACGAUUCAGGUAUGGUAGGAAGUAAUGAGAUUCCACCCUGUUUGGAUUAGUGCCCUAUUUCCUAGCUAAUUUGCAGUGGAGGAGGUGUUGGGCCUGUCUUUUCUCUUAUGGCUGGAUUUCUUUUUUCUUUUCUUUUAUUUGCAGAGGGCACCACUGACAACAUUGCCAUGCAGGCCCUGGAGCAUAUCCACUCUAAUGAGGUGAUCAUGACCAUUGGCUAUUCACGCACAGUUGAGGCCUUCCUGAAGGAGGCAGCACGCAAGAGGAAAUUCCAUGUAAUUGUGGCUGAAUGUGCACCCUUUUGUCAGGUGAGGCCUGUUAUCUGGGCUAUCCUUGUCCCCUGCUCACUGUUGACUAUGGAACACUUCUAAUUGUAUUUUUGUUUUGUUUUAUUUAAUUAACAAAUUUAACAAAAAUAGAAACUAUAUUUUAAUCAUAAAUGAAUUUUUUUUUUCCAUUUAUGGGAAUGUAUAGGCUUUGUGAACAGGCAGUAGGUUAAGGGAAACUUCUUACCUUUCCCAGUAGGAGGAUGGUAGUGUUUCUGAUGAUAAUGGCUUUAAUGGACAGUGUGAAAACCUUGCAUGCAUGAACAGCACCCAUUUCACAAUAAAUUCUGAUAGCUGGCAGUUUUGAGAUAUAAGAAAGCAUUUCUUCCUAUAAUGCAUAGUCAACACACCAUUGAUAUUAUUCCCACGCUGUAUCAACCAACACUUCUUGUUGUUCCAAAGUCUGCUGUUGCAGGCAAAGCUCUAAUACGGGAUCAGACUUUCUCUGUGAUGGAAUUCCCUGUCUGGAAUUCUUCUGCUGGAAGUGGCAGGAUAAUAGUGCCAGCUUUAAACAUAUCUGUUCUCUUAGGUGUUUGGUGACUGACAUAUAGGCUAUACAGCUUUGUGUUUACUGAUAAAUCUAUUUGUUGUUUCUUUAAUACAUAGUUUUAUAGUAUUUUGGAAACUGUCCUAUGGUUCUUUUGUAAUGAAGAACAGUCUAAAGGUUCUGUCAAUAAUUGUUAUAAAUAAAUAACAUAGUGAUUUAAUUGCCACAAGUCUUUGUUGGUGAAUGAUGAGCAUUACUGUUUGUUUUUAAAGAAUUAGGUGACUACUUGAGGGCUAAAUAGUAGAAAAAAUAAACCAUAGGUGUGAAUCUCCAUUUUCAGACUUCUGACUGACCGAUUCUGGGAUUAAGAGGUGAUGGAUAUUGUCAAGGAAUCUGUCUCGUUACUGUUGACAGAAAUAAUGCUUGGAUUAGUGGGACCAUUGGUGUGACCUGGCAUGAGAUGAGCUGUGUGCUCAUAAAGCUUAAGAAACUCUAGCUUACAAGCAUUACUUGCCUGGCCCUUUCAAUGCACAUUGUCACUUUCCCCUUUUUCCUUUUCAGGGUCAUGAAAUGGCUGUCCGUUUGUCUAAGGAGAACAUAGAAACUACCGUCAUGAGUGAUGCUGCCAUCUUUGCUGUCAUGUCUCGCGUCAACAAGGUAGGCACGAUGGGACUGUUUGGUCUUUUUCUGCUGCUAUGUGGAGCAUCCUGGGAAGCUUGUAGAUUCAGAGUGGCAAAACUCUUUUAGGCCAAGGCUGCAUUGAACUAUUGUAAACCAGCCAGGGGACAAAACGUAAAAAAUGGAUAUGGCUUUUUGAAAAAAGACAAAAGACAAAAUUCUGUGGGCCACAGAAAAAACACCCCCAAAACUUUUGGCAUAACAGCAUCACAGUGCAAUACCUAUGGAAGUAGUCAUUGAAAUAACUAGACUUUAAUUAUUAUUUUUUAAAGUUUUAAAUAGAAGAAAGGGAGGACGGCCUGGGGGCCCCACAAAAAUCUUUUAGCAUCAUGGCAUCAGAGCCAGAGUCCAAUAGCAGUCAAAAUUCCUGUUCUGAAAAACUGGAGCUGGGGGGGGGGGGGGCAUCAAAAAAUGCUCUUGGCUGACUGCAUGUUAUCUGGGGAUUCCCAAAGGACAGAAAUUGUGUUGGGUCAGAUGGGUCAAGACCAGCCUUUUUGACAAGCAGAGGGCCAGACUCAACUACAGUUUUGCUAGUGAAAGCCAGUGCAAGAAUCCCUGCUAUUACAAUGGGCUCCCCCCUCCCCCCCAUGCUUCCCCCAAUACGCUCUGAAGGGCUGAGGGACACCCCCAGAACAAUGUGUAGGGGGAGGAGAGGAGAGAUCAUUGGGAAAACAGAAAUGCAUGUGCUGCCAGAAUGAUCUCCUUAGUGCUAUGAUGAAUUAUACCCAAAAUUUGCUCCCCCCUCGAGUUACUGGUUCUAUCAUACGUUAGGAAUGCUUAUCAUCAUGCUGUGUCAUGAUCUAAGAUAAAUAACUUCCACCACAUUGCAGUUCAUUAUGAUACUCUGGUUUCUUAAUAUUUCUGUAUUGCAGGUAAUAAUUGGAACAAAGACUAUCUUGGCCAAUGGUGCCCUGAUAGCUGUCAGUGGAACUCAUACCUUGGCACUGGCAGCCAAGCACCACUCCACCCCUCUUAUUGUCUGUGCACCCAUGUUCAAGCUCACACCACAGGUAGGUGUAGUAACCUCUGAAUAGUAUCUCUAUAGUCAAGAGCAACACAAAUGCUCAGAGAGAGCCAAUGCUGCUGCAAAUGGAUGAAUCCAAAUGCAUACAUUAAUAUGGACCUUUGCUAGCGCAAGCAAGUUGCAAAAUGCCCGUGUGUCUUUUAGAGAAGACCAUAAAGUAAAUGUGUCAAUGCACUCAAAUUCUGUCCUGCCCCGCUGGGUACUAUUUGGAUCGUAUCUCUUCUGAAAUCUAACAAGGCAUAUGGAACAGACCAGGGCUAUGUGAACAUACAAGCGCUGAAAAUGAUAUUGGAUACAGAAUUCAGAGGCUUAAUAAUAGUAAGAAAUGAUAAGUUUUAAAAUGUACAAGAAAAGUACCCAUGCUGCAUCUCCUGCAUAGGAUGAUAGUGAUGGUGCCUUUGCUGUUCUCUCUUCCAGUUCCUGAAUGAAGAUGACUCAUUCCAUAAAUUCGUCUCUCCACAGGAAGUGUUGCCUUUCACAGAAGGUAGAAUUUUUAAAAAUUCUUUUGAGAGGAAGCUACUCUGUAAACUACUUUUAGUGACUCUGGACCUUUGAAAGCCCAAUCUAUAAAUGUUUUCUUAGAAAGAAAUCCCAUUGUGUUCAACAGGGCUUACUCCCAAGUAAGUGUGCAUAGGAUUGCAGCCUGAGUUAUUAAGCUUCAAUCUUCAAUUCACUGACCAAAAAGCAAGUCUCAUUGAACUUCAUGGGACAUACUUCUGAGUAAACAUGCAAAAGGUUGCACUGUUAGUACUAGGGCUUCACUGUGCUUACAUCCUGAUCUACUUUAAGCAAUAACUGUUCUGUAACUGUUUCUUCAGCUAAUAUAUUUCGUACAUGCCUUCCUCCAACUCAUAUUGGGCACCGAAGGCAAAAUAUGGUGUGAUAUAAGCAGUGAUAAGCUAUUAAGAUGAUUUUGCCUAAGCAAGCAUGGGCAAUGGUCCCCAGCGGUGUCUUUAACGCUGCUGUUCUGAGGGAUUAUCAGUGCAGUUUUCUUUUGAAUAAGCAUGCUUAUGUUAUACUGUUGUGUACUCAGGCUUUGAAUAAUAGAGCACAUGAGGCAAGAUAGGUUUUUAUUUCACCUCCUUUUGCUGCACUGUCUCAGUUUUUUCACUGAUUCUUAUGUGCCAUACACUAAGUGCAAGGCCAAUUUUUUUCUUGUUCACUUCUGUUGUUCAUUUUUCACUUAAAUUGCAUAUUUUUCUUUCAGGAGAUAUUCUGUCUAAGGUCAACAUUUAUUGUCCGGUCUUUGACUACGUUCCUCCAGAACUUAUCACACUCUUCAUUUCAAAUAUUGGAGGCAACGCUCCUUCCUACAUCUAUCGUCUAAUGAGUGAACUCUAUCACCCGGCGGAUCGUGAACUUUGAGCUGUGGACACCAUUUAUAUCAUGGAGUAGACGUGUACUUUCGCCUGAAGAAGCAGCGGCAAAAUAAAAUGUCAAACUGCAGGAAAUGGACUUACUGUCUUCAAAAGAUACUUUAUUUGACCUUUGCUUUCUCUGUCAGAAAAAGCACUGCUCUAGUCCUGGGUUCUGUCAGCUUUAUUGAAAGACAUAGUAUAAAUCUUGGCUGAGAAAGUUUUAGGAUAGCAUAGAGGCCAUAGUUUAGUGGUGGCCUAAACAUCGAAAAGGAAUUUGCUUGCAGCUGCUAAGCCACCUUCAGUCUGUCAUCACAAAUUCUCCUGUAACAGGUCCAGCUCCUUGAUUCUUCUACUUUGCUUCUUGAAAUAGGACAUAGAAAUAAAGUUUAGCUGUUCAGAUGGUUUCUGGUGGAAAGCAGCCUGCUCUCAUUCUUGUUUCAAUUAAAUGCUGAUACUUGCAUUCAGGGCAAGCUAAAGUAACCAGUUCUACAAAAUAGCAUCUGAAUGCUUUAAUUAUUUAGUGAAUUAUUAUAAUUUAUUGAAUACCGCCCUAUACCCAGACAUCUCAGGGUGGUUCAAAGAAUAAGAAGCAUUUUAUUUUGGUGGUAAUUCAGUUUGAAACUCUAGCCUGCAUCAGUUGGAUAAUGCAAUCAGCAUUUAAAAGUGACUUGAAAUACCAAAUGACAAAAAUACUAAGGUAAGCAGUAUAAUAAUUUGGUUGAAGCAACAGUUCUGAUCAAAUGUUGAAUCUGUGUAGGACCAUAAUGGUAUGACCAUAAAGCAAUGAGGCAAGAGUGUGAUUCUAUUAUUACUUUACUAUUAUUAUUUUACAAAACAACCUUUCAAAAGCAUUUAAUUAUACAGUGCUAGUGCAAUGCAAGUCACUCCAUAUUUUUCUGGAGCACAGAUGUGAAUAUUCUGCCUCAUAUAUUUUUUAAGUAUUAGACAAUCCUGGUCCUUGCUUAAUGAAUUCAGGAUGCUGAAGUUCCUUCUUCUUUUGUGCUUUCAGAGUUGAUCCCGGUCCCACAGUAAUUUGUGUUCCAUAACAGGAACAUCUAUUGGUGUUUGCCUCAAGCACUACCUGUUGAGAGGCAUCAGCAUUCAAUGAAAUUUUAAGAUCUGGUCAGCGCUUUCAGGUACAACCGUCCUUCUCUUUCCCAAAGAGUUGCCAGCACUUCACCAUUUUCUUUAGUUUAGCCAGAUUAGGUUUAGGCUGAAGCGGAAAAAAUAACAUUAAUGACUUGGUCACACAUACCUUAACUCAAAGAAAACAAUCCAAUAAUAUUGCUUAUAAAAUUCUGUACAAAUUGAUAUUUAAAUGGAGGGUACCCUCCAAGUUUACUUUUUGUUUUUCUGCAAAAUUAAUUAAAACUUGUUGUCAUACAAUCAUCAUG